AUGAAUUACAGUACAUUUACUGUUUAUUCAGAGACAUGGGCCAAAGGGCGAAAGCUCAUGCGCCGCUGGAUCGAUAACAACAAUUCAGAGACAUCAAACGAGACAGGAGAAGAACCGGAAACAAACUACAUCGUAAACAACGCACAAGCAGAAUUUGCAUUGUUGAUUUUAAUGCUGGGAAUUAUUCCAGCAAUAUCUAUCGUGGGAAUUAUUGGAAAUUUCUUUAGCAUUUUGGUUCUUGCUAAACAAAACUUGAAAAAAAGCUCCAACAUUCUCCUUCUAGCACUAGCAAUCAGUGACACUACGUUCCUUAUUGGUUUCAACAGUGUGCCAAAAUUUAUCUACACAGCGUAUGGCAAAAACUCGUUUCCUUAUCCUGAAGUGGUUUCACAAAUUCUGUACAUCCUCCAUGAAAUGCUUGUACUAAUCGAUUAUGGGUCAGGUUUGGCGUCACUAACGAUUCCUAUGUUGAUAACAAUUGAACGUUUAAUUACAAUAUUUCAACCACUAAAGGUCUCCCAAUUGAUAACACCCCAGCGAACUUUCAUAGCGAUAUGCGUCGUAUAUAUUUUCUUGUACUCAAGUUUCACAUACAUCAUAUUCUGGACUGCGCUGAGUGAAACCUACGACGUGGCUUUAAACAGAACAGUGUACGUGAUCACCCGUUCAGCCUUGUAUGAGCAAGACAAAUCAGUGAAGGUUCAGUUGGAAGAAAUGUGGACCUACUUUAGCUUACGAAUACCUGCAGGAUUUACUUUCAUCGGCUGUGUUAUUAUUGGUGUCAAACUUAAAGUGACGUCGGUGAAGAGAAGGAAGUUAACUGGACGGAAAGAGAGUGGGUCAAUGACAAGAACAACAAAGACAUUGCUAGCAGUCUGUGGAGUUUAUCUACCGACAUGUCUCAUCGUGCUGCUCCCAUUUUUCCUGCCGCAACAGGCGUCCUAUUCGAUUACAGAGGAAACGUCGACAGUCAUCAGCCAGUUGCUGUUUCAGAUAACCAAUGUCACAACGUGUCUCAACAGUUCGUGCAACUUUAUUAUUUACAUCGUCUUCAACAAAAACUUCAGAGAAGCAUACAUUGCAUUGUUUAUCAAAGAUUGCCGAAAAAACUCUGCAUUCAAGAAAAUCAACGAUUAG